ACAGAUCGGCGUUCACGGAGCCAGCCGUAGCCAUGGAUAGGAGAUAUAAACAAGGCUGGAAAUCAGUGUUCCUGCUCCGAAUUCAAGAUUUUUGCUUCAUGUCAUUAAACUAAACCAUGAGCAGGGUGGCAAAAAGGAAGGAGCCUCGUCUCCUUUGGCAGCGGAGCGAAAAAAUGACCGGAUUAUUCCAGCGCCACUGGUGGCGCUAGUGUUCUAUCUCUCAGUUUGCUUGACCGACCCUCAAUAUUCGCCUGGGGUGGAUGCCGGCAGUUAGAUGGUUUGGUACCAAAACGAUUUGAUACAAAAAAUUUGUUGGAACUUGAUAAUCCCACGCGGUCAUCACGAUGGUAACUAAUAAUCUUUAACAAUCUCAUCCUAAAAUCACUUUCUUUCUUAUAUUUAUUCUAGAAUUUAGAUAUUAAUUCUGUGUGUUAGCCAUUAGAAUUAUUAUUUUUAUAAUUUUAUGAAUUUUAUUAAGUUAGAAAAAUAACCAUGAUGUUCAUUGUUUUCUAUCUUAUUCCUAAGAUUAACAGAGAACAGAGAAAACUAGAAGGAAUGAAACUCUGCACUUUAUUUUCAGCAAAGAAAGUUUUGAACAUGCCAGAAAAAAGAUAAAAAAGGCUGAGGGCGCUAGUGAUGUGGAGAAGGUCUACUUCUCCACUACAGAUUCGGAGCAGUGUGGCAGGGGAAAGAGGAAAAGGUGGGCCAGAACUCAAGACUCGUCCUCUGAAUCGGAUGAUUAGUUGCUCACCAAAAGACCCUCCUCAAACAUUGUAAAUAUGUUGCCCGAGGCACCGGUGCAACCAGGUGCACCGGUACAUCUGCCACGGACUUCAAGCCAAAGUUCGCCACUUGUUAUGGCUCCUGCAACGCCAACUACAAGCCAGAAUGCGCUUCAUCAGUCGCCUGCUAUGCAGAUCUCCAGCAGUGAACAAAAAGCUGCUGAGGAGUUUCCAUCUGCUAAGGAUGGAAGUAAAAGAGAUUAAAGCGACAUUGGACUUGCUCGUUGAGCAGUCAAACAACAGUAGGAAUCAAUCUUCUGUAGCUGUGACAAACAUAGAUGUUAAACUUCCUCUGGAAGAUUUUGAAGGUGUUCAAAAUCUAGAGAGGUUGCUAGAAGAAGAGAGCAACAAAAACUACUUGCUUAACAAGUGCAAGAAUUUUGGGGGCAGUUGCUUCCAGGAUCAUACCAGGAGGAUUCUGAAACAUUUAUUCACAGAUGAAACUGCAGAACUGUUUUCGUGGACUGGCAGCAAAGGAGGAAAAAGAAAAUUUAUGAGUCUGAAAAUCGCUGACCUUGUUAUUGAAGCUGUUCUUAAAGAAAGUGGCCAAACUACAAGAGCAGAUGUGGAAAAUGGUAUGAAAAAUUGGCUACGCCAUGCAAAGGAUCGUGCCGACUACAGAAAGUUCGGACAGUACAAAAAAAAACUCCCCCCAAUGCAAGAUGCCCCUCCCUCUUGUUAAUUUACUCCCCCCAAUGCAAGAUGCCCCUCCCUCUUGUUGUUUUA